AUGGCCUACCGUAAAGCUCCACUGAAGAUUAUGACGCAGAAUUGCAGAGGUCUCAACGUGCCAGAGCGCAGGACACACCUGCUGAGAGAACUGAGGAAAAAACAUGUCUCUAUUGCCUUACUCCAGGAGACUCACUUCAAAGAGGGGACACAGUCUAGGUUAAGAAAUCGAUAUUACCCCAGUAACUAUUUUUGCAACCACCCCACGUCACACAAAACCGGUGUGGCCAUUCUCCUAGCAGCUGACAUCGGUUUUGAAGAAUUGGACCGGAUGCAGGAUUCACUAGGAAGGUAUCUCUUCCUUAAAGGAGUUAUAGCUAACAAGAUUUACACGAUAGCCUCCAUCUAUGUACCAAACAAGAGGCAGGCUCCCUUUCUUCGCAACGCUCUUCAACAGUUGGAAGAAUUUUCGGAUGGUAUCCUAAUUGCAGGAGGAGAUUUUAAUACCCCACUGGACCCGAUAUUGGAUUCCUCGACGGGACAUAGCUGUAUGUCGCAGCGCACUAUCAAAUCCAUCCGACAAUCGAUGGAGGAUUUGAGAUUGGUAGACUGCUGGAGGGCGUUGCACCCCUCGGUGAAGGACUUCACCUAUUACUCGGCGCUCCACAACCGCUAUUCCCGUAUAGAUUAUCUCUUUAUCGCUCGAGAGGGCCUUACACACCUACUGGGAGCGGACAUCACCCCGGCCACUUGGUCGGAUCAUGGCUCUGUUGAGAUGGAACUGA